CUAGAAACGGAUCACAAGCCGUUGGUUCCAAUCUUCACUUCGAAGAGUCUUGACGACUUGACGCCUAGAUUACAGCGGCUAAAGAUGAGAAUGAUGCGAUAUCGAUAUGAGGUUGCAUACGUUCCAGGCAAAGAACUUCUAGCCGCAGAUGCACUUUCGAGAGCGCCUCUGCGAGAGACGGGAGACAGCGAGCUCGAAGAAAGCGUUGAAGCUUUCCUGUGCUCUAUGACAACCUCUAUUCCGAUAAAGCAACAUUGCUUACAAUGGUUAAAGGCAUCCCAACAAGCAGACCCUAUUUGCACAAAACUUCGUCUGCUGUGCGAGAAAGAAUGGCCCUCCAGGAGAGACUUAGGACUUAACCUAAAACCCUUCUACGACCACCGACACCAGCUCACUGUCGAGGAUGAUUUACUCCUCUACGCCUCGCGAGUUGUCGUCCCCGACUCAUGCCGAAAAGAAAUUCUACGACUCUUGCACGAAGGACACUUUGGCAUAACAAAGACAUUUGCUCGAGCCAGAGACUGUAUCUGGUGGCCCACCAUAGGAUCUGACGUCUCGUCCCUGGUGAAGCGAUGUCAGCAAUGCAUCGAAACAAGAGUCAACAGGAAAAUGCCACUAAUAAGCUCCGAAUUCCCUGAGAGGCCUUGGCAACGCAUUGCGAUGGAUUUGUUUCACUUCAAGAACCAGUGGUGGUUGAUAGCUACAGACUAUUAUUCAAGAUACCCCGAACUAGCUCGACUUGAGAAGCUCACUUCCGCAGCCGUAGUCAACCACUGCAAGUCAAUUUUUGCACGCCACGGAAUUCCCGAGGAAGUGGUUUCCGACAAUGGCCCGCAGUUUUCGUCGACUGAGUUUUCACUCUUCGCCCAAGACUAUGGUUUCAAGCACAUUACAUCUAGCCCUCACUAUCCUCAAAGUAAUGUACUUGCAGAGGCUGCAGUGAAAAUCAUCAAGACAUCCAUGACGAAGACCAAUGACCCUUACCUGACACUUCUAGCUUACAGGUCGACUCCUUUGAAGAAUGGAUAUAGCCCUGCCGAACUGCUCAUGGGUCGUCGGCUGAGAUCCAGGCUUCCUCCUUGUCCCACCAAGCUGACACCCCAAUUGCCAGAUCAAGACAGCCUUCGGAAUUUUGAGGAAAGAUACAGUAAACGUCAAAGGAAAGACUUCGACAGACGUCACGGAGUCCGCGACUUGCCGGAACUUCUUUAUGGAGAUGCCGUGUGGGUGACAGACCUCAAGAACAAAGGGACAGUACAAGCCCCUGCCGAUGAGCCUCGAUCUUAUUGGGUCAACACCGACACUGGUGCUGUACGUAGAAACCGGACGCAGCUAGUUUCAUAUUCCCGAAGUCACAACAACGCAGAUAGCGCCAGUACCAGUGAUUGUGCUAUAGACACUCGCCCGCGUUGCCAGGACACUUCCCACGGGCAUACCAGACGUGGCAGGUGCGUGAAGCCGCCUGCUGCAGCGAACUUUGCUUGAUUGCAUUGGGAGAUGUUGUAGAUGCUGCCAUCUAGAACAAGCCAGGCGAAGCUGGUGACAGCGUGUGCUCGAGGUGCGCGUGGCGCGUGGCUUGGCUCCUAGGCUAGAACGCGUUUUGGAAUAAACCUGUGUCCACGUAACUCAGCCUCCUGCCUUCUCGCUCGUCCCUGACGACUUCAACAAUUAAGGUAAAAAC